CGGAGGGAUCCCAGCUUGUCAGAACCAUGGCCAGAGCGCUGAGAGGCAGUGAACGCCAGUCGUCUGUUGAACGUUAGUUCGGCCGCAGAGUAGGACGGAGACGCUCAAGCCGAGAAGAAGUGUUUGCGGCCAACAUUUCCCCAAGCCAAUGUUAACUUUCGGAUAGUGCCGUUUGCUAGACUCUCUAGCGUGUCGGGGCUAGCUUUCCGUUGACCUGCCUGUGUUCUGCAGUGGAAAUAGCAAAAAAUGUCGUCUCCAAGUCCGGGCAAAAGGCGAAUGGACACCGACGUGGUGAAACUCAUCGAAAGCAAACAUGAAGUCACCAUCCUCAGCGGACUCAACGAGUUUGUAGUGAAGUUUUUCGGACCACAGGGAACGCCGUACGAGGGCGGCGUGUGGAAGGUGCGAGUGGAUCUGCCUGACAAAUACCCGUUCAAAUCGCCAUCAAUAGGAUUCAUGAACAAGAUCUUUCAUCCCAACAUCGAUGAAGCGUCGGGAACGGUGUGUUUAGAUGUCAUCAACCAGACGUGGACAGCCCUUUAUGAUCUCACCAACAUCUUUGAGUCGUUCCUGCCCCAGCUGCUGGCCUACCCCAACCCCAUCGACCCCUUGAAUGGAGACGCGGCCGCCAUGUACCUGCACAGGCCAGAGGAGUACAAGCAGAAAAUCAAAGAGUACAUCCAGAAAUAUGCAACAGAGGAGGCGCUAAAGGAACAAGAGGAGGGGGCGGGCGACUCUUCGUCCGAAAGUUCCAUGUCCGACUUCUCUGAGGACGAGGCCCAGGACAUGGAGUUGUAGUGGUGGACAUCGUCCUCCUCCUGCACUCCCCCCCUCCAACCCCCCACCCCACCCAUAGAGACUAUAUUUGAUUUCCUAACCCAUGACAAAGCAGACUUAUAAUAUUCAUAUUUAAACACCUUGAUUUUUUAUUAUUAUUAUUAUUAUUAUUAUUAUUACUAAACAAGGAUUUUUAUGAAUAUCUAGCCUCCUCCUCUCCCCUCCCGGCAUCUCUUCAUCCUACUCCCCAUUAUUUUUUUUCUUGUGUGUGUGUGUCAAAGGGGUUCUGGGGCUGCCCGCUGCAGGCAAAGACAGUAUUUGAACAAGAGACGCACAAUCACGCACAGGGUAUGUCGCCAUGCUCACGGACGGAUGUGAUCCCGCUUUUGGAUGCCGGUUCGGCAGUUACUCACUUUUUUUUUUAUGUUACCCAAACAAACAUCAAGCGUGUUGUCACUGCUCUGAGUGCAAUUUGGAUUCACACUUCACCACUGGCGAUCCGUUUUCCCCUUUUUAAUUUCUCCCCACUUUAAUCCCAACAUAGGAGGGAAGGAGACGAAAUGUUUGGAAGUUUUUUUUUUGUUUUUUUUUUGGGGGGUUUUUUUUUUGGCCCCCCCUCUCUCUCUCUCUCUCCGCCCUCUUCCCAGCAUUUGUGUGUCUACAGUAUCAAACAUGGCAGUCCAAGUGCUCGGAGAGGACCUCGCAAUGUAUUCCCCCUCCGAGAAUGCAGUAGUGUGGAUCCCAGCUCAACUUCCCCUUCUCUGUGCCUCGUCAACAACAACAACAACAACAAAAGGAAGGUGAUCAAGAAAAGAAAAAGCACAUUUGGUACUUCUCUUCCUCUCUGGACAAUCUACACGUAGAUGGAUGCUAACAUAUAGCUAGUUCUGGGUUGCAAGUUCUACAAAGUUCUACAAAUAGAUAGCAUUCCUAUGGCUUUAGUCUGUUUUUUUUUUUUUUUUUUUUUUUUUUUUUUUAAAGUUAGUUGGCGUCUGUCGUGUGAUAUGUAUAAGAUGCUUCAUUUGUACAGAUGUUUCCUAGCGUAGUUCAUCCAAAAUGCGAGGCAAAAAUGAAAGCAGGCACCACGUUUGUGUUGCAUCUCCGGUACAUUCAAAGUGGUUCGGUGUAGCAGGAUGCAGGCCUUUUUUUUUUUUUAACGUUGUUUUUUGUAUCCGCGCCCACUCAGGAUAACCCAAAAAGGUCAUAUGCAGAUUCUCAGCUUUCUAAUUUACUCUGGAAGCUGCCACCAAAUGUUCUUCCCCCAACCUCUCCUCUUUUUUCUUUUUCUUCUUGCAUUCUUAAUCCUAAUCACCAAGCAGCAAUGUUGUAAACUUCAUGGAAUAAUCCCCUACUCCUUGAAGAGAGUUUUUUGUUUUAAAAGUAAUCCAGAUUGGAAUUCUUGGUUUUACCUUUGUGCAGUAUUGUGCUGGACCUCUGUAAUCCCACAUAAAGGUUGUUGGAUGAGAGGGGGGGGGGGGUGGGGGGGGGAAGUGGCCCAAAAAAGAAUUUGAUUUGUAUCCUCUAAAAAAAAAAAAAAAAAAAAAAAAAAAAAAAAAAAAAAACAGCUCUGUUUAUGUUAAAGUCCUACUUUUGUUUUUAAAGAAGCAUUGUGCACCUGCUGGGUAAUAAAGUGAUCAUAUACUCAGCCUCAGCCUGCUGUUGGUGUUCAGAAGUCAACUAACAAAUGCCUUUGUAUCUCGUAAACUAAUUGGAAUUAAUUCAUCUCGUGAGGAAUCUUCAUUUUCAAACUGAAUUAGGUUUUUAUUACCUAACAAAAUAAGUAAAAUGUGUUCAGUGGCCCUGGUUGAAAAGUGUACCUCGACACAUGACAAGGAGUUGACUUGUGUUGCGUUCAGAGAGCCUCCUUUGUAUUUUCAGCACAGUGUCUACCUGUUGUGCACUUGCAUGCACACCUUCCGUUCCCGUUAUUACUUGUGCCACCACUUUUGGACAUGUCAGGCCCACACAUACACACAGCAUGUACUCUUUGCUACCUAGUGUGUUUUAUUUUUAUUUACCCAAAAGGUGCAUCCUUGGUUUGAUUCACACCACCCCCCUCACUUGGCCUCCCCUCUGUCCCCCUCUUUUUAUAUUUUUAUUUUUUUGACAUUGUGAAGUGGGCAUGCUUGUCAAAAAAAAAAAGAUAAGGACAAAUGCUCUCCAUGAAUAGGCAUAUAACCUCAUAAAUAGUGGUGUAAAAAAUAUACUGUUAUAACUUCUCUCUUUUUUAAUAAAACAUUCAAUGUGUUCAAAAA